AUGAUCCCUUGGCUGUACGACCUCGUUCUGUGGCUCUUCACUUGGGCGUUGGACCUCUUUUUCCGCGAGAUUUAUCCCCGCGGAGCAUGGCGCAUCCCCGAGAAGGGCGCCGUGCUGAUCGUAGCCGCCCCUCAUGCGAAUCAGUUCGUCGAUUCAGCCAUCUUGAUGCGUCUGCUCAAGUCACAGGCUAAGCGACGCGUUUCCUUCCUGAUCGCCCAAAAGUCCAUGGAUGAACCUUACAUCGGGACGCUAGCAUCAUGCAUGGGGGCUCUACCAGUGGUCCGAUCAAUGGAUUUAGCGAAGCCCGGCAAGGGCAGGAUAUACUUACCUGAACCGGAGAAUGACCCUCUCCUCGUCCACGGCGUGGAUACUGACUUCACGCAGCCGGAGUUCACAGUGGGCGGGCCAAUCACCAUCAAAGGCCCCGAUGGGCCCCAAACAGCUCCCAUCGAGGAGAUUCUUGGCCCAACCUCAUUAAGGCUCAAGAAGGCCUUCUCAACUCCUCCAGCGGACGACCCCGGGCACAAAGGCACUACUUUCAAAAUUGCUCCUCAUGUCGACCAAAGCCGAAUGUUUGCUUCGGUUUAUCAGGAGCUCUUAAACGGCGGUUGCAUUGGUAUCUUCCCCGAAGGUGGUAGCCACGACCGCUCAAAUCUAUUGCCGCUGAAAGCUGGCGCAGCCUUGAUGUCGUUGGGUGCCUUAGCCGAGGACCCCCACUGUGCUUUAUCUAUUGUUCCCUGCGGUAUGAACUAUUUCCAUGCGCACAAAUUCCGCUCCCGUGCGGUGAUCGAAUUUGGUCGCCCCAUCCACGUGCAUCCCGAUCAAGUCGAGGCCUUCAAGGCUGGAGGCACUAGUAAACGCAACGCUGUAGGCUCCCUGCUCGAAACGAUCUACGAGGGUCUUGAGUCCGUAACCCAAAUCAGUCCUGAUCAUGAAACCCUCAUUUUGGUUCAAUCUACCCGCAAGCUAUAUAAUCCCAUCAGCAAGAAGAUUCCACUUCCAUUAGUUAUCGAAUUCAACCGGAGACUUCUGAAAGGUUACUCCAAGCAUCGCGAUGAUCCUCGGAUUCAAAGCCUCAAGAGAGCUGUGAAGGAUUACAAUGCGCGCCUCGACUCCCUCGGGAUUAAAGACCAUCAGGUGGAAUGGGGCAAUUUCGAGGAAAAGCCCUGGGCCCUCACCCUCAUUAUUCUGCUCUACCGGUUGGUAAAGCUCGCCUUGCUCAGUAUUGGCACACUUCCCGGUGUGUUGCUUUUCUGGCCUGUCUUUGUGACUUCAAAAGUGAUAUCCGAGCGGAAGAGGAGACGAGCUCUCGCAAGUUCAGCUGUCAAACUUCAGGGUCAUGAUGUGAUGAGCACCUGGAAAAUUCUUGUGUCCAUGGGACUUGCGCCAACUCUCUACGCUUAUUAUACGGUCGUUGUGACUACUUGGCUCCACUACAAUCGCCGAGAUGGCUACUACUCGCAGUCCGUCCCUUGGUGGAUGGUUGCAAGGACCUACGUCCCUGACGUCCUGCCAUUGUGGAUCUUUGCUAUCUCAUUCUAUCUCUUCAUGAUUUUCGUCAGCUAUGCAGCACUCCGAUUUGGUGAAGUAGGGAUGGAUAUUGUCAAAUCACUUCGUCCGCUUCUUGUCGCCUUAAAUCCACUGUCAUCAUCGUCCCUGAACAACUUGCAAGCACACCGGGAGGCUCUUUCGGAAAGAGUGACAGAAACUAUUAACGAUCUUGGAUUUGGCAUCCUGCCGGAUAUGGAUGCUGAAAUUCCAUCGGACACCUACAAACCAGAUGCCUACCAGUCGCGACUCAAGGAAAUGCCACCUAGUGAACCUGAAAGCCGAGAAAGCAGUCGCGGCCGCUUGGAUGACACCUCCACUGACCCUACUAUCAAACCUCUAAGCUCGAUCAAUUCCGCGGGUGAUCUUGAAGACGUGGAUCGUAAAAUCCAAAAGCUCCAGUUCAAGCGCAGAGGACGACGUUCGAACACUUUCAAUGGGUACGAGACUGGCGAAUCUAUUUUGCGGUAUAACCCGACAAUUGAGGCAGAUGAUAAAAAGAGCAAGUGA